AUGACAAUGCGACAGGUAUGGGGCGACGGUUAUGACCGAAGGACAAGAAAGCCAGUGGCUAUCAAGAUCAUCGAUCUCGAGAGCGCCGAGGAUGAGAUUGACGACAUCCAGCAGGAAAUCAACAUCCUUUCUCAAUUGGACUCGCCCUAUGUAACCAGGCAAAUGAAGGCAUCCGUGUUCAAGGAGGAUUAUAUCGCAAUCAUUCUUCGGGAGCUGUUGAAAGGACUGGACUAUCUGCAUGGCGAGGGCAAGCUCCAUCGAGAUAUCAAAGCUGCAAACGUCUUGUUGACGACAGAUGGAGAUGUCAAGCUUGCAGAUUUCGGCGUUUCUGGACAGCUUACCGCAACGAUGACAAAGAAGAACACGUUCGUUGGCACACCUUUUUGGAUGGCACCAGAGGUUAUUAUUCAGUCAGGAUACGACAACAAGGCAGAUAUUUGGUCAUUGGGAAUCACAGCAAUUGAACUGGCCAAGGGCGAACCACCGCACUCGGAUAUCCACCCCAUGAAGGUCCUUUUCAUGAUCCCUAAGAACCAACCACCCAUUCUCGAGGGUAAUUACACAAGACCAUUCAAGGACUUUGUGGCGGCUUGUCUUCAAACCGAUCCUGCACUGCGUCCAUCUGCCAAGGAACUAAUGAGGCACAGGUUUAUUCGGUCGGCCAAAAAGUCGUCUUACUUGACAGAACUACUUGACCUCCAUGAGCGAUGGUUGACAGAGGGAGGACAUCGCGACGACGAAUCCUCUGAUGACGAGCCAAGCAAUCGAACUGACGACGAUCAGGACAGCGGAGGAUGGGAUUUCGGCACAGUGCGUGAACCGAACCGCGCAGGACCUUCGGACUCUGUCGACGAUAAGUUGAGGCCAAAUGACUCGGGAUACGACACGGUCAGGACACAGUACUAUGGAGAAGCAGGACGAGUAGGAGGUGGACCUGCGAUCGAGAACCUAUCACUUCAUGAUUCAUAUGAACCACGCGGUGGCGACCGACCCCUCUCGACCGAUCUCACCCGCGAUAAAGUCUACCAGACCUUUGUCCGCCCCGUCCUCACCAACUUGCAUGGAUUGUGUCUGAGGGAGAGUGAGAGGAAUGCAGUGGACGAUCUGCGGUUGGCAUUUGAGGGUGCAGAACGUGAGAUACCCGGGAUCACGCGGUUGUUCGUCAAGGGCUUGAGCGAGCAACUGAACGGUUAA